CUAAUCAAAUAAGAGAAGCAAUUACAAAUUCUGGAUGCAGUUAGAGGAUCCUGAGAGGCAGAGUGGCAGGACCUAGUCUGAGCUGUGUCUCUGACUCAUUUUUGACUUCAGGCAAGUUGUUUCAGUGGGAAAAAUGGCGAAGAUGUUCAGUUUCAUACUUGUCACCACCAUUCUGGUAAUGUGCAGGGAAAGCUGGGCUCUUGAGAACUGUCUCCAGGAGCAGGCUCGGCUCAGAGCCCAGGUGCACUUGCUUGAGACGCGGGUCAAGCAGCAACAGGUCAAGAUCACACAGCUUUUGCAUGAGAAAGAAAUCCAGUUCCUUGAUAAAGGAGAGGAGAAUAAUGUCAUUGACCUUGGAGGCAAGAGGCAAUAUGCAGACUGUUCAGAGAUUUUUAAUGAUGGGCAUAAGCGCAGUGGAUUUUACAAAAUCAAACCUCUCCAGAGCCCAACAAUAUUCUCCGCUUACUGUGACAUGUCUGAUGGUGGAGGAUGGACUGUAAUUCAGAGACGAUCUGAUGGCAGUGAGAACUUUAACAGAGGCUGGAAUGACUAUGAAAAUGGCUUUGGAAAUUUUGUUCAGGAAAAUGGUGAAUAUUGGCUGGGUAAUAAAAAUCUCCACUUACUGACCAUACAAGGAGACUAUACUUUAAAAAUCGACCUUGCAGAUUUUGAAAAAAAUAGCCGUUAUGCACAAUAUAAACUUUUCAAAGUUGGAGAUGAAAAGAAUUCCUAUGAGCUGAAUAUCGGAGAAUAUUCUGGAACAGCUGGAGACUCCCUUGCAGGGAAUCUUCAUCCUGAGGUGCAAUGGUGGGGUAGUCACCAAAGAAUGAAAUUCAGCACACGGGACAGAGAUAAUGACAACUAUGAAGGAAACUGUGCAGAAGAAGAUCAGUCUGGCUGGUGGUUUAACAGGUGUCACUCCGCAAACCUGAAUGGCUUAUACUACCGCGGCCCCUACGUGGCUAAAACGGACAAUGGGAUUGUCUGGCAUACCUGGCAUGGAUGGUGGUAUUCGCUGCAAUCUGUGGUUAUGAAAAUUAGGCCAAAUGAUUUUAUUCCAAAUAUUGUUUAAAUUUUCCCUGGUGGGCUUUCUUGCUGUAAUUCAUCUAGGUUUAACGUGAUUUGAAAAAUAGCACUUCUGCACAUACACGGGCUUAUAGAUGAUGGUAAUUGUUAUGUGUACUACUUUUCAUUCCUACUUACCUUGAUUACGUAAUGCACUGUCAGUGCAGCAAAUAUGUGUAUUCUUCAAAUAAAUAUAGAUUAUUGAAUUCCUAUGUGCAGAACGUUAUGAGAAGCACUUAUGUUGAACAAAAAAUAAAAAGCACAGAAUAUAUAA